AUGACGGGUUGGUGCCACAAAUGUGGCAAACAGGACCACCCUGCCAACACGUGCACCUCUGAUAACAUGACAUUUAAUGAUAAAAUCAACAUCCUACAAAUAAAUGUAAAUCAUGCGUCGGCAGCACAGGCACUGCUCGAACAACGUAUGAUCAAAGAAGAUGUUGAUAUUGCCCUGGAGUCUAAAGGUACUCCGGUAAUAUUAGGCGGUGACGUUAACGCCCGCAGUAAGCUAUGGGGUGACGUAAAAACCAAUUUAGGCCCAGCACUUAAAGCACUGGGCUGGUCUACGAUCGAGCAGCUGAUAACCGGAGUAUCUUGCGAACGCAACCUGGAGAUCUCUAAAGGCUCCAGUAAUGGCAACCGAGAAAAUAAAAGGAAGCCGAGAAAAAGCUACCGAGAAGGUGACUCCUCCUCUACUGAACUCGAGGACGCGGAGGCAAAUGCUUCAUCCUUACACGCCGAACCUUCUCCCAACCUCGCUGCAAUUCUGCGUGAAUGUGCACAAGAGGUUGAGUUAGUAAGAACUAAAUCAUCGAAUCUCCAAGGUACUUAUAAUAAAAAGUUGAGACUAGCGGCAGAAAAAAUCAAGAAAGUUAGCUCAGAAAUUGUCUCCAGUGCCUUCAAAGAGACAUACGAUCGUCAAAGAAUCAACGAUCUGAUCUCUGAGAAUAACAGACUUAAUAAAGUAAUCCGUAAGCUUGAAUCUAAAGUUAAAUCACUAGAGGAUCAAAUGCAUCAAACAUACCAAGCUCAUAAAGAAUCCUUAAAUAACUUACAACCAGUGACUUCAAACGGCCUCGAUGCUGAAAAGCUUAUCGACACGGUAAAUCACAGCAUCGAUGCAAAAUUAAAUACCUUUAAAAAGGAAAUCCUAUCCCUAUUUGCUUCCAACCUGAACCAAACACGUCGUAAUACGAAUACAUCAUAUAAUCUUCCUGUCCCUGUUGCUGAUCCUUCUCCUCUCCCGGACAAUCCUCCUCCGAAUUUAACCGCCUCACCGAGCGUAUCUUCUUCAAAACAUGCCGAAAUUUGGAGCACAAUCGUUAAGAAAAAAGCAAAAAUGAGAGUUCAAUCUAAUAUAACCGCGAACAAUUACCCUCCACCACAGAAUCCAUCUAACUUCCCUCCCCUUCCGCAGCACCUUCCUCUGUCUACGAAUCCCAAUCCUAAAUCUGUCGCGAAGAAACCGAAAAACACGGAAGUUAUUUAUUUGACUACGAGCGAUAAUAGCAACCUAAAACUUCCACAGAUCAUUGCUAAAGCUAGAGAAAAUAUCAAUUUACAUGAACUAGGAAUAGAUCACAUAAAACCACGCGCAUCUCUAAGCGGUGGCCUCAUUCUAGAGAUUCCAAAAAAGAAUGAAGGCGGAGCUGCAGCGAACCUCGCUCAAAAAAUCCGAGGUUUAUUUAAUCCUAAUGAUAUCCGUGUCUCCUGUCCAAUUAAAUACAAAGAAAUACUGUUAACCAGCUUAGACUGCUCAGUAUCUCAACAGGAGGUCACCGACGCUCUCAAAACCAUAUGCGGCAAAAACGAAAAUUUUAUCCUAGGCCCGAUCCGUCAAAAUCCUCGCGGUAGCGCCACGCUAUGGUGUAAAUGUGAUGAGGCCGCUGUAUUUAAAUUAGUAUCCAGACGCUCAGUGCAAAUUGGUUGGUCUGUGGCUAACGUGCACCUGCUCGAUCCUGGACCAGCCCAGUGCUUUAAGUGCUGGGCCUACGGUCAUGUCAGAGGUAACUGCCCUUCCUCCAUCGAUAUGACGGGGUGGUGCCACAAAUGUGGCAAACAGGGCCACCCUGCCAACACGUGCACCUCUGAUAACAUGACAUUUAAUGAUAAAAUCAACAUCCUACAAAUAAAUGUAAAUCAUGCGUCGGCAGCACAGGCACUGCUCGAACAACGUAUGAUCAAAGAAGAUGUUGAUAUUGAUCUGGUCAGUGAACCUCUCAAUUAA